AUGACGAAACCAUUAGGGCAGGGGGAUUUGGAAAAAUUACCCUCGCAAGAAUAUUUCUACAGUAAAUUCAAGAGCGCCCAGGACACAUGUGAUGGCGUAACCUCUGCUAGAGCAGUGGAUGAUCCACUGAAGGGUUAUGAUAACCUCCAGAAUUACUGGGAUCAUUUUGUAAAAGCAUGGUGCUGUAUGUCCAAAAUGGAAGAGGGUCAGCAGCAGCUCUAUGAGGAACGUUGCAAUUUUUUAUAUUAUUACAUAGGAUCGUUGAUACCUUCAACUGGGGCAGGGGGUUCAUUCCAGGAAAUAAUGAAAAAAAUUUACGAGGGGCUGUCCAAGAUUGAUAUUGAGGAUAAAUGUAGUAGUGCUUAUACUAAUAUUGAUCGGAAUCUUUUUAUGCAAAGGAGAAAAGUGCACGACUUCUCUUAUGACUAUCAAAUUAUGAAAUCACUGUUAGCGAAAAAUGGGAACUCCUGCGAUGGGACAUAUUACAAGCACCUGCAGGACGCCGUUAAGGCUUAUAAUGAUGUGUGCGUAAAUGGUGGAUGGAGAAGGGACACAUAUUGUAAUAAAUUUGAGGAAGCGGUUGGAGGAUACGAACCUGCAAAAGUGCUGCAAUUAACAUCUAAAACAGAAACAGUUCCAAGAAUGGGGGAACCUUCAGGGAAUACUAUACUACACAGAGACGUUUCGUUAAAAUUUACUUAUACUUCUAACGCACACGAGGGGUACCACACUAAUGCAUCUACCAUGGAAGACAAUAUUAUUACUGCUGUUUAUUCAUCUCUUGGAAUGAUGACAUUACCAAUGAUCGCUUUCUUUUUAUACAAAUAUACUUCCCUAUUUGAUGGAAUAAAAAACACCUUCCUCAGCAGAGGAGGAAGGAAUAAUAGCAAUAAUAGAAGAGGGCGAAGAUCCACCAUGGGACGUAAUCAACACUUUGACGAUACUUUCACAGAAAAUUCUAUGGAUUUUUCCACCAAAUAUUUGACGGACACUUCUACUAACUUGUCCAGCGAAGUCGAUUCCACAAUGAACUUGUCAACAGCAUCUUCGACAGCAACAGAAGAUAAUUCUGCCAUAUAUGAUGGUAGGCCACUUAGAGGAGAAAGAGGAGCAAGUAAUUAUGGAGAAGCAAACAAUAAACAGCAACAAAGACAACAAGAACAAGGACAAAGGCAACAACAACAGAGACGAAGUCAACACGGACAAAGGACGAAUAUGGCUUAUCAUAAAAUGUAA